AAUUCUCUCUGAUCACCGGCUCAUGACUUGUUUUUGCUCUCACCUCAGAACCUGUUUUAUAUGCGCCCCUUGUCAGAUUCCACGCCUGCCUCCCUUCCGAGCUUCAUCGUCUCAUGCCGGUUACAACACGAAAGCACAACCACAGCAACAAUACAACUGAGAACUACUCUGACUACUACUACUACUACGACCGCAACUUCUGCACCAAACAAGAUGGCCACCGAAAGAAGAUGCCACAUUAGCCCCGAGUUGCCGGCGGGACUGUGCCUGGAGUUCUCCUAUCACCCUGAGAGCAUGAGGCAGUUGGUCAACCUGGUGGUUGCCAUGGAGAGGUUAAAGGGCAGCCGCAUCGAGACGGCCCUCGAGACCAAAAUCGCCGCUGAGGGUUUCCUCAACAUCAUGAUAGACGAUCUUGUGGAAGUGAUCCACGUCGAGCAAGCUGCGCCAAAUCAAUUCACAAGGACGGGAGAGUAUCAGUGCAGUGUGAGUGACAGCCAGAAAAAAAGUUUGGUGCUUCUCGCCGACAGCAUGGAGCUGCGCGCCGUCACGCUGCAGGGAGGAAACAGUCACCGCAAAGUGAACCUGAACAUGUCCACCUACGUGCAGCCGUUCCCCGAUACGGAGGCCCAGCCGGUUGCCCUGGGCAUCAAGGGCACCAACCUGUACCUGUCGUGCCACCAGGAGGGAGACAGUCCCACGUUGCUCUUGGAGCAGGUCCAGGACAGGCAGAGUCUGACGAUGGUGGCCGAGGACAGCGACAUGCUGCGCUUCCUCUUCUACAAGCGCGACUCAGGAGUCAGCCUAAGCACGCUUGCGUCGGUGCGAUACCCCAACUGGUUCAUUAGCACGGCCGAGGAGGACCACAUGCCGGUGGAAAUGUGCAAACGCGAUGCCCCAAGAAACCUCACCUUCCACAUCCAGAGGCAAAGUUAGGGGGAAAAAAAUUACGCGACUUAAUAGAUGCUUUGUUUCAUUUGAAUGUAUUUAUCGAAGUAUUUAUUCUUUGUAUUUAUUCAUGUGUUAUUUAAAUAGCCAUGUGUAUUUAUGUGAUCGCAAUUGUGUAAUGAAA